UAGGGUUUCUCGCUUGCAUCCGCCGCCGGCACUUAUGGAGGACCAGUUUGGUAAGUUCCCUGCUGUUGUGGUGCCAAAUCCAGACGAACGAGAGUUGCCGCUGGAUGACUUCAUAUCCAAGGUCCAGGAGCACAAAGCCUGGAUCCAUGACAAGCUCGCUCGCAAUGGAGCAUUGCUCUUAAGAGGAUUUCCGGUGAAAGACGCAGCGGAUUUUGAUCAAGUUAUCAAAGCUCUGGACUACAAGAUCUUGCAUGAUCACUUUGGGAGCCAAGAUCGGAAACACGUCAAAGGCUCGGUUUACACAGCAAAUGACGACCUCCCUCUCGAGAUUCCAAUCGGCUUCCACAACGAAAUUACUUAUAUGCCCGUCAUUCCCGACGUGCUUGUUUUCUACUGCGAGGUUGCACCGCCCCAAGGAUGUGGUGGCGCGACGGGCAUUGUGAGAGGGGAUGAUGUCUACGAGGACUUGUCCAAAAAAUUCCCUAGCUUUCUUCAAGAUUUGGAGGACAAGGGAGCGAUAUAUUGCUUCACCGUGCCAGCAUCGGAGCAACCAAAAUAUGGCAGCAAUAUGAAUGGGUACAAGAGAAAGCAGCUUGAGAAUGGACUCGUGAAGCUCUACCUUGGGCCUUGCCCAGCAAUCAAGCAGCUUCCAAGCGGCAAGAAGGCAUGGUUUAAUGCGAUUGGAUCAAGCUACGUCCGUGAUUCUAGCGAGCCAUAUGUUGAGUUUGGAGACGAGACAGCCAUGCCCACGGAUGCUAUCAAAGCCGCCUGUGAAAUCAUGCAGGAGAAACAAUUUGCUGUGCAGUGGGAGCAAGGGGACGUGCUCAUGCUGGAAAAUUCUCAUGUGCUCCAUUCUAGACAUUCCACUUCCAAGCUCGAGCCUACUCGCAAAAUCCUUGUGUCCAUGCUCAAGUAUUGAUUGUAUUGUUUACCGAAUCUCUAUUUCUCUUGUUAACAAGCUGUUAAACGAAACUCUGCUUUAUUAAA